AUUGACAACAGGAACGACGACGAGUCCACGCCGUUGCAUUUGGCCGCCAAGUUUGGCAGAACCAGAGUUGUCAAAGAGCUGAUUUCGAGGAACAGGAAUGUGGUGACGGACGAGGAUGAAAACGGCGACACUGCUCUGCAUAUCGCCUGUUCUGCAGGCCACGAUAGGGCAGGGAAACUGAUCCUGGAAGCCGGUGCCGACGUGGAGGCGAGGAACGGGAAGCAGUGGACCCCGUUGGACUGCGCCGCCAGGAACGGACACCGGAAGUGCGUGGACAUCCUGUUGCAGGCCGACGCCCCCCUCGACCCCGUGGACAAGAGAAGAACCACUCCGCUCCAACUCGCUGCUCGUCAGGGCCACCACGCAGUCGUGCACCAGCUGCUCAGGGCCGGGGCAGACCUGGCAGCCAGGGACUCCAACGGGAUGAACGCCUUCGAGUUGGCCGUCAUCCACAACCAAAGGCAAGUGGCAGAGACGAUCGUGGAGAGCGACGAGUGGCGCCAGGCCCUGAUGAACGAACGCCGAUCCCCUCGGACGGGAUCCAGGAUCACCCCGCUCCGGAUGCUGAUCCGCAAGUUCCCGGAUGUGGCAGAAAAGGUAUUCAACAGGUGUGUCAAAACCAACGGUCGCGGGCCCGAAGACAGACACUUCUCCAUCACUUUCCUCUACGAAUUCAUCGACGACACGUACAUGGCGUCACCGUGGAAAUCCCCGACGGCGUCCACCGUUCGACUCGACGGCGACGGCGACGGCGACGACGACGAACUACUGCCGCCACUUAUUCUUCCUCACCAUCAUGCGCCACAUUCUUUUGGAGACGAUCACAAAUUGAAGCCUGGGGUGAGGCCUUAUGACGACAACGCACAUGAAAUCCGAUCCAACCACCCGUUGAGCCUCAUGUGCAAAUUCAAGAGAACCCGACUGUUGAGUCACCCCUUGACAAAAGCGUUGCUCAGACAAAAAUGGCAACAGUUCGGCAGGUACUUGUACUACAUGAACUUGGUGUUUUACCUCGCCUUCCUCGGCUUGCUCACGGGAUACAUCGCGAGUACCCCGGGUCCGAAACCCGUGGAACCCGUAGAAAAGGAAGCCGCAUUGCCAUUCCCCCCGAAAACGGAGAAUUUCAAGUACAACUGCAGAAAGCUGGCCUCGGACGAGAACAUCAGCAAGCAGAAUCAAUUCGCACACGCUGCGAAAAUGGCACUUUUCCUCCUGGCCGCUUUGCAUCUGGUUAAGGAGGUGUUUCAGAUUUACCAGGCAAGGUUCUGGAGGUAUUUCACCUUGGAGAACCUCUUGGAGUGGGUGUGUUACGUGACUGCCCUUGGGCUGGUGAUAGAUUUCACCGAGUGCUCCGAAAGCACGGGUCUCAGAGAGCCUUGGCAAUGGGCAGUUGGAGCAGUUUCCAUCUUCCUGGGAUGGAUCAACUUGUUGCUUUUCAUCAAAAAGUUUCCCUACUUUGGCAUUUACGUCAUCAUGUUCACUGACAUUUUCACGACCUUUUCCAAGUUUUUCCUCGUCUUUGUCCUGUUCGUGGUGGCGUUUGGACUGGGAUUCUACACUCUUCUGCAGCAACAGGCGAGAUGAAUGAGAAUCACAGAAUAAAUAAGGGUUUCUUACCAAAUAUUUCAAUGACACAUUUUUAUUUUUAUUAGCUGAAUCAAAAAAAUUUCAUUCAUCAAUUGGAAACCCGGAAAUUCAUUAAAAAAACACUGUCGAAAAAAGUCAUUGAAGUACAAUGAUCAAAAAAGAAAGACCAGCAAUCUACGAUGAGGGUUAUUGUCCCACUUGCGACCUUGAUUAUUUCUGGAGUAGGCGUGGGUGUGAUUAGAAAAAUUAUUAUUUACCCCAUGACGUGGUAAGCUAGGUUCUUGUUUUUUUUUCGAAUUUAUAACGUAUCAAUCCAGUGCACGAUGAAAAAGUGAAAACUUCCCAGUUACUGCCAUAUACAGUACCAUACUUGUACCUCUAUACGCAUGUCACAGAAGGGUGCUAGAAAUUGAAAUUAUAUUGUUGUUUAAGCCAUGAUCAUUUUUAAAUUUCAGAUAAUUAAUUGUUGAAUCAACAGAGAAAUCUCAAUUUCCAGCUGCUGUUGCCUGACAAAUUUUUAGCACCGCCAUGUGAGACAUGGGUGGAUAUAACUAGCAAGUUUUCGUUUCUCAUCACGCAGUAAAAUAAAUAAAAAUUUAAUCUGCAUAAA